AUUAUAGCGAAAAACACGAGCUGCGAAGUGGAGUGGCGUAUUUUUAUUUGAUAAAAGUUUCUUUUCACGAAUCACGACGAUCAGCAUUAAAUAUUAGUUUAUGUAAUACGAAUAUUGUGUUGGUGGAAAUUUGUCGCUGAUGAGCCAGCAGUGACCGCAUCUGAAGAAAUGAUCGAAUUCGAGCAAUCUGCUUUAAACCUUUCCGAUAAUAAGGCAAUAGACCAUGGAGAAUUUUUAAAUCGCAUUAAGAAAACGCUCUACUACGGCUCGUCCACGGUAAAAUGUACAAAAAUCAGUCGACCCUUAGCGGACUAUGCGGCAGACAUUUUCUCCGAAUCGCAUCGUGGCCAUUCGCUGAGUCGGCUCAAUUUUGUUACCGUCGGUAAUUUGACCGUCACACCAUGCUCGCUCAUUUUGGCAAUGAUCUACCUUGAUCGGCUUAAUACUAUCGAUCCGGCAUACGCACGACGAAUUACGCCUUCCGAACUGUUCAUGGUGUCAAUGAUGGUCUCAACCAAAUUCUAUUGUGGCUAUGAUGAGGAUGUCUAUCUAAGCGUAUGGGCCGAUUCGGGAAACAUAUCCGUGGAUCAUAUGAAAGAACUGGAAUUAGAAUUUCUUGAUGCAAUAGGUUGGAAUAUAUACGUCUCAAAUCAUGAGUUUUUCGAGAAGCUUAAAUCAGUAGAAAGAGUUCUCGCCAAACGGCAGGGUCUUACCAGAGGCUGGCUAACAUAUACCGAGCUGAUCAAUUUUCUUCCAACGCUAGCAUUAGCCAAGCAGAUUCUGAAUUACAGUACUGUUAUUGCUUUUAGUUACACCGCAAGUGUGAUGACGAUUGCCGGGGCCUUUUUUCUAGCUAGUAACAUAAACGUACCUGGAAACGUUCUUUUCCGCGGCGAUUCAACAAAGACUGUAUCCUCUUCGGAAUGUAUACCAGUUGGAACAGAUCCGUCUUUAUUAGAUGGCCGUAAUUGCACUAUGCUACAAACGGAAUCACAAACGGUACCUUUAUCCCUAGAAGACUGUCAAUGCUCAUUACAGAUGGUAAUCGAAGCCGCCUACAAUUUCGGCAAUGCUUACGCCAACGAUAAUGCAAAUUACGAAUCUCAUAGCUAUAAACCGGAUUAUUCUUCAGUUUCGAUAGACCAGUUUCCUUCACCUGCUGUGAAGAUGGGUUCUACGGUUAAUCGGAAGCACUAUCGGUUUAUGUAUCCAGCAACCUUCGGCACUGACGAAGAUGAUGAGAAUCUCGAAUCUGAUGCAAAUUCUGGCAAAAAUAAUUCAAAUGAGCACGACCCGGAAAACCAUAAUUGCACCUAUGACAGACUUAUUUUUUCGUUAUUAUAUGGAAGCGUCGCGCCUAACCCAGUUGAGACUAGCUAUCAGUCAAAAAAUGCUGUUUACUCUAACUACAAACGAACCUUCGAGAUAUUUAGCUCGUUCCUUAAAUUUUUAUAAACAUAUUGUUUAUUUUGCGGUACUCUAAUUAUUAGAUUUGCAGUGAAACUUUUUAGAUUAUGUAUACAAAUUAACCCAUUAUUUAAAUAACAUUCUUAUUACAUUAAUGAUUAUUUCUUGUAUACGUGAGCAGGUUUCUUUCAGUUCGAAGCAAUAUAAAAAAUAUGUAUUAUCAAUUUGUACCUUUCGAAGAACUAAAAUUCCACAUUAACGGCGAGCUUAAUUUUAAGCUAUUCCAGUAAAUUUCAAAUAAAAACA